GCGAGAACAUUCGUUAGUUCCUGGACUUGUUGGUGAGGGGAGCAUCAGCAUCACAGAGUGGUGAGAGGAGCAAUGGCGCAGCCAGGUCUUAUAGGAACAUGCCUGUCGGUGUUUCUGUUCACCGUCGCUGGUCAGAUCUGUCCAAACCUGUCACCGAACCUGCAAAGGCCAAACAUGUAUUUUGAGAAAGUCCAUGGAAAAUUGAUGACAAGGAAAUGUGCCCCCGGAACAGUAUAUCAUCAGUCGAAGUGCACCUGUGACCACGGAACUUCCCCAAAAGUAGUUGUACCACGUGUGAGUGGUCAUGCAAGUAGGGCAAGUCAAGGAGGCUACGGAGGCCGUAACAGUCAGACAAUGCACGGUGGAGGGAGUCAAAACGCUCAAGUAGGUCACGUAAUUGAGGUGAAUCAAGGCGUUCAAGGAACUCAAGGAGGUGGAGGACAGGGGUAUCAAGGGGGUCAAGUAGCACCUGGGACCCCCAACUCAUAUAAUCAACACGCUAGUAAUAGUGCACCCGGCACAUGGCAUACCAUUGAAACAAACCCUACAAUGAACAUAGCUGGUAGGAAUGUCCCUCGUACUGAUACAGUCAGUUCACAUAGCCAUAUUUCAGCAGAAUCAAGAAAAUCAAUGAACAUGAUGACUGCCCUAUCUAAAUUCAUAGCCCAAAGCCAUGGGCAUGCAUCAACUACACAUGACUCGAAUCCGUUGCGUAAAGUAGAACAAACAGCUAAUGUCAGACCAGUGCCUCAAACCUCUGGUCAGCCGAGUUAUCAGACACGUAAUCAAAAUCCUCAAGGUGAUCCAAUGCACACUGCAUUCCAUCAACACCUUUUUAGGACUACACUAGGAGAUUCAAAGUCGGAACCUCUACGCGUGUCCCCGUAUCUUAUGAAACAACAAGGACUAAAUUCACAACCUAUGACCCGUGCACCCGUGAACACAUACACAAAGAAACAGUCACAAUCGUCUACAGAAACACAAACUCGUAUCCAAUCACAUGUAAACCCCCAAUCCACAAACCAAAAACUCAUCACUGCACAAUAUGUUAACCAACCAGAUAUGAACGCACAACCCAUUGACAAAACCCCAGCGAAUGUAUAUCAAAUUAACCAACCAUCCACCCAACAGUUUAAUCAACCACAGAUAAACACACUACCUGUGAAUCAACCACCAACGAACUCACAAACUAUGGACCCAUCCCCAUUGAAUUCACAAGUCAUUGACAAAACGUCAUUGAACGAACAUCUGGUUAAUCAACCAUCAUUUCACCAACCACGGAUAAACACACAACCUGUGAAUCAGCAACAACAAACGAACUCACAACCUGUUGACCUUUCACCAAUGAAUUCACAACUUGGUCACAAAUCAGCAACGAACGUAUAUCAGACUAAUCAACCAUCCAGUAAUUCACAAUCAUUUCACCAACCACAGAUAAACUCACUACCCGUGAAUCAACAACAAACGAACUCACAACCUGUUGACCUUUCACAAAUGAAUUCACAACUUGGUCACAAAUCAGCAACGAACGUAUAUCAGAUUAAUCGACCAUCCAGUAAUUCACAACCAUUUCACCAACCACAGAUAAACUCACUACCCGUGAAUCAACAACAAACGAACUCACAACCUGUUGACCUUUCACCAAUGAAUUCACAACUUAGUGGCAAAGAAUCAAUGAAUGUUUAUCAGAGUAAUCAACCAUCCAGUAAUUCACAAUCAUUUAGUCAACCACAGAUAAACUCACUAUCUGUGAAUCAACAACAAACGAACUCACAACCUGUUGACCUUUCACCAAUGAAUUCAAAACUUAGUCACAAAUCAGCAACGAACGUAUAUCAGAUUAAUCAACCAUCCAGUAAUUCACAAUCAUUUCACCAACCACAGAUAAACUCACUACCCGUGAAUCAACAACAAACGAACUCACAACCUGUUGACCUUUCACCAAUGAAUUCACAACUUGGUCACAAAUCAGCAACGAACGUAUAUCAGAUUAAUCAACCAUCCAGUAAUUCACAAUCAUUUCACCAACCACAGAUAAACUCACUACCCGUGAAUCAACAACAAACGAACUCACAACCUGCUGACCUUUCACCAAUGAAUUCACAACUUAGUGGCAAAGAAUCAAUGAAUGUUUAUCAGAGUAAUCAACCAUCCAGUAAUUCACAACCGUUCAAUCAACCACAGAUAAACCCACAACCUAUGAAUCAACAGCAAACGAACUCACAACCUGUUGACCUUUCACCAAUGAAUUCACAACUUAGUGGCAAAGAAUCAAUGAAUGUUUAUCAGAGUAAUCAACCAUCCAGUAAUUCACAACCGUUCAAUCAACCACAGAUAAACCCACAACCUAUGAAUCAACAACAAACGAACUCACAACCUGUUGACCUUUCACCAAUGAAUUCACAACUUGGUCACAAAUCAGCAACAAACGUAUAUCAGAUUAAUCAACCAUCCAGUAAUUCCCAAUCAUUUCACCAACCACAGAUAAACUCACUACCCGUGAAUCAACCCAAUAUGAACUCACAACCUAAAAACCAAUCAACAGUGCGCUCAUUUUCAAUACAGCACAACUCUUUGAACGUACAAUCUGGGAACCAGCAACCCAUAAAUUCACAAUCUAUGAAUCCAACACAUAUGAAUUUACUACCUAACAACAAUUUACCAAUGGUCUCAUUUCCAAUGAAUCAAAAUCCCAUCAGCCCACAAUCAGCUAACCAACAACCCAUUAAUUCACAAUCUAUGAAUCCACCACAUGUAAAUUUACUACCUAACAACCAACCCCCAAUAAACACAUAUCCAAGAAAUCAAAAUGCCAUGAACGCACAAUCAGGGAACCAACAAUCCCACAACUCACUAUCGGUUAACAAACUAAAUAUGAAUUCACAGACUAACAACAACAUACCAAUGAACUCAUUUCCAAUAAACCAAAAUUCUGUAAGUUCACAAUCAGCGAACCAACAAACCAUUAUUUCUCAAUCAAUGAAUCCAAGACAUAUGAAUUUUCUACCUAACAUGAAUUCACCAAUGACUUCAUUUCCAAUAAACCAAGAUUUCCUGAACUCUCAUUCAGGGAACAAACAAACCAUUAAUUCACAAUCUAUAAAUCCACCACACAUGAACUUACUACCUAACCACCAGUCCUCAAUGCACUCGUACCCAAAAACCCAAAAUUCCAUGAACUCACAUUCCAUGAACCAUCAACAAAUGAACUUACAAAGUGUUAACCAAAAUCCUGUGAACUCACAACAGAUGAACUAUGUACAAAUGAACUCACUACCUAUGAACACUGAUCCCAGGAACCAGGCGACAAUGUACCCUCAGCCAAUGAAUUCCCAACCAGCGAGCCAGCCUCUGAACCACCCUCAACUGAGCCUCCCACCUCUCCACCAGCCCCCACUCAACCUCCCAUCUCCUCACCAACCUCCCAUGCUUCAUGGACAGCCCAUCGGUGCACCAAUGGUGAUAUCUGGAUGGACCCCAGACAACAGGUUGUCUUGGAGAGAAAAUCUCAAUAUGGCCGAUAUGAUGGAUGCUCCAGAUUUUCAGCGAGAUGCAUUCAUCAGAAAUGUUAUUAUGAAUGAACCGAAUCUCACACCAAUGGACAGAAUGGAAUUGAACCAACUGACCAUAUAAUUUAGGCGCGGAUACCUCUCCUCAAAGUGACACUGUUACCUUAAUGUUUCUCGCGAAACAACUGUCUGAUUGAUACUUGUGCCUGUACUCGGCGCAAAGUAAAGUAAUACGGAUACACAUCACGUGACGAAAUAAACUGUGAACGAAAUGGUUUUGUCAGCAACCGUGCAACCCAGCACGGACUGGUCAUUUGUGAUGACAGGAAGUCUUAACUCGCGACAAAAUCGGUGACUUGCGACAUUCUAUGUCCUGUAUCCUGUUCAUAUUACGGAUGACAAGGGGCACUAGGUCCGCUUGCUACUAGUGAGACACGAGCUUGAUGCAGCCUUGUUGUAUAGAUGCACUUCUCAUGUAUACUUGUUUUUUAUAUAAAAUAAUGUCUAUGAA